AUGAUUGCAGCUUUCGAUGAUGAAGAGCUGGACGCGAUUGCAAGAGAUGGAGUCAAGCGCUUAACGCUGCAGACCGAUAACGCGAGAAAUGACUACGAUCAGCUGCAGAUAAACCUGAAGCGACGAACAUUAAGUUCCAUGUAG